AUGUAAAGAAAAUAGUAAUAUGAAAAUGAUUUCAAUAAUUUUUAAGAGGCCAGCAAAAUUUCUCUAGAUUAAAUGUUUAAAUAACAAGACCUCACAGAGAAACACAAAGAAUCCUGUCUUAGAAAUGCUAAAACUUUUGAAUUAUUUGCUACAUGUAUGACUUAUAGAUUUACAUAGGUAUGGAAAGACAUGAAGGCAAAAUAGAUAAUAUGGCUAAAUACCUCUCAAUGAAAAUGCUCUUUAUUGAAAAAUAAGCAUUAGAAUGCUAUAAAGGAAAUACAAAUGAUAGAGAAUUUGAAAGAUGCCAUUAAAGAGUUGAAUAACAGCUUCAUGAUGUAUACGGUGAAUACUACUAAGGCUUACUUAACCUUUGA